AUGGGCAGCAAGCACGCAGUCUACUGCCACUUCAAGGUGCCGGCCGAAAGCGUGGGGGAGAACGGCACCAAGGUGUGUGCCUACUGCAACUUCAAGUUUGUUGGUGGGACGUACCGCUGCGCGCAGCAUAUCACCAGCUGGCAGGGCAUGCGCCGUCGUGAAGUGCAUCUCUGCACUGAAGCGCCGAAGACUGCACGGGACGCCGUGAAGGCGGUUUACGAGAACAAGUUCAAGGCCCGUGAAGCGAAGCGUGCGGCUGAAAUUGCGGCGGUCGGCGCAGUCAAUGGCGGUGGUUCCGACAAGAAGAAGACGCGGUUGACCGACUUCUACGGCGACAACGCCGCGUGCGCGAAGCAAGCUGCAGGACGAGGCGCUUUGCCUGCUCUUCGCCGCUCUUCAUAUCCCGGAGCAUCACGCGGACCACCCACUCUGGCGGAAUGCAGUCUCCUGCAUAGCGCGCGCAGGGACGGGUUACGUGCCGCCGAAGAGACGCUACAUCGCGGAGCCGUGUUCGUGGAGUCGAUCAACACCAAGAUGGAGAUGAAGACCGGCGGCUACAUCGCGAGCAUCUUGCGUCCCGUCAUCGAGAAGGUUGGCCCCGAGAAUGUCGUCGCCUUGUGUUUUGACGGCGGCUCCAAUUACGCGGCGGCUUGCAGGGAGUUGAUGACGGAGUAUCCCCACAUCGAACACAUCCCAUGCGUGACCCAUGUCCUUGAUCUCUUGAUGGAGGACAUUGGAAAAAUGGGAUGGGCGAAGGAAGUCGUCACGCGCGGGGACAACCUCAUCUCCUUCGUCCGCAACCAUCACUUUACCCGCGGAUACAUGCGGAGCAAGCUCAUGAACAGCGGCAAGGGGAAGCAGGCUCUCAAGCCCGUGGGAACCCGAUUCGGCACCAACUACAUCGCCAUCAACCGCCUCUGUGAAGUGCGCGCCGGCCUGGCGCGGAUGGUCGUCAGCGAUGAGUGGCACGACUGGACAAUGACUACAAAGAGGGUAGGGGCAGAUACCUUCAAAGUCAACAUCCUCGAUGACACGUGGUGGACGCGCGCCGAGUUCUUCGCGAAACUGAUGAAUCUGCCGUUCGUCAUCAUGCGCAAGACGGACUCGGACGCGAAGGGCAUGAUGGGUCGUCUCUACGACCUCAUGCUCCAGCUCACCGAGGACAUCCGCGACUUCCUCGGCGAGCAUGCGGAAGGGGUCCUGACAAGCGGAGAGGUGGGGGAUAUUCGGGAAAUCGUGCAGGACCGCUGGGACAACGGGCUGGCAUGCGACAUGCACGUGGUUGGCCGCAUCCUCAACCCGACCAACCAGGAAGAGGGCAUCUUCGGCCAUGACCUCGAGUGCACGAAAGUCUUCAAGAAGUUCGUGUCCAAGCACUUCGACGACCAGACCAUCACCAGGAAGGACGGGGUCGAGCGCCGCGCCUCCCUCGUCAUCCAGGAAGGCCUCACUGCCUUCCUAAACCUGACGGGCUGCUUCGGCAUGCCCGACGCUAUUGCCGAUCGUGUGGCAGUGAAGGAGGGCAAGAUGACCGCGGUGGCAUGGUGGUCGUGGCACGGGACCGAACAUCCCGAGCUCACCACGCUUGCUUGCCGCAUGCUCACGCAGCCGGUGUCCGCGUCUCCAUGCGAGCGGAACUGGGCGAAGUUUGAUGCCGUGCAUACGGCACGCCGGAACCGUCUCGGCGCGGAGAAGCUUCGGGACCUUGUGUACGUGACGCACAAUUGGCAAGUUGUGCACAAUUGGCACAAGGUCCCUGAAGGGCAAGGGGUGGUGAAGGGAAACAUCGAGGAGCCCCCCACUCUGGCUGGCUACAACGUCGAGGAGGAGGUGGAGGAACCUGAGGAAGGGGAGGAUGAUGUGAUGGACGUUGAGUACUAG